AUGAACAGCUUGCUGCCGAAGUUGAACGACAUCCAUACUCUACGCGAACGGAGAACUCCUCCCAAUGGUCGAAGAGCAUCGUUCCACGUGUCGGCUCAGCAGCAACUUAAGCCUGAGCUUGAGAAGGACGGGGAUAUCGGUCGAUUAUGGAUGACAGAAGAACGCGAUUACAGAGAUUGCAUCGAUUCCGGGAUCAUCACUGCGCUUCUACUUGGACCUCUAGUAUCCGCCAGUGCCCUCCUCGUCUCCCUACCUGCUGCGGAAUUCGGCAGUCCACUCAGUUCAUUAUCCCCGAGAUGGCUCGUGGAGCCGCCUCUUGCGUCAUCAACCAUCCCUCCCACUGUUGCCCUCGUCCGUUCAAGACGGAACAUGUUCGAAAUGGCUUCCUUGUGUUCGUUUCUCAUCUCGAUCCAUUUUGAGUCGUCGCGGCGCGCAGACAUUCGUGUAGCCAAGGAAAGAGAAGGAGGUGUUCGCUCUGGCCUACUACCGAAAUCUGAGCUGCGCAGGUUUGGAAGUUACGUAGGCAUGACGGUCAUCAUGGUUAGCAUCGCUGUGGGCGUCAAGACAGCGGCGACGUCUACAGGUUCAUCCUUAUGGAGUGAGCUGUCGAUGUUUGACGUCCUCACCGUGUCUUUGUUUUACCAGUUCUGCUUGUAUGUGAUGAUACGCCUCGCAAGGCGAGGGUUCACACUCGGGGAAUUAUGUUUUGUUGCGCAGUGCGCGACGGCGCUGGUCAUGGAGACGACAAAUUUGACCAUAUCCCGCAUUUGGCCCAUCUCAACACCUUUCAUCAAGACUUUUCGACGUCCCACCCCGCUUCUUAUCUAUCAACUCGCUCUCAUUCCCGGCUGUCUCCUCGCCGGCUUCCUCCUCUCUCCUCUCCUCGUUCUCUCACGGAACAUCGCCCAAAAGCCACUUCAUCGACUUCGUUUCCCAGAAGACAAGCUCAUCCAGCGCCGAGGGCUCGCCGCAGCCGUAUAUGCCGGGUUUGCUCUGUUCAUAGGAGGAGUUGUCGGCGUAUGGACACAGUGGUGUCUAGGCUGGCGUAACCCCUGGGCAUGGGUCGUUUUCUGGCUCUUAGAAGGCAGAAGACCUUGGAGCCGUCUUGUCCUGCUCGGCUACUGGGGUAUCCUAGGCAGUCUGAGCGUCGCGGGGUGGAACAGGCAGCUCGCGCGUCAAAGACGAUAUCGGCAUCUGAACGGACACGGCGCAGGGCAUAAUGCUCCUGCGCGAACAGGGAACGGCACGCUGACACAGGACGGGCAUGUCAGUGAGAGUGCGAUACAGAGUCCCGUCGGAACGGCGUCGUCGAGCGUUACGGAGAUGCUGGAUGCGGCAGAUAAGCAUGUCCCUACGCUGGGACUGAACGCUAGGAGAAAGUUCUUCCAUGCCUUGGCGGUGCUUAUGUUCCUCCCUGGCAUCAUCAUUGACCCCGCGUUCACCCACCUGUCUUUCUCAGCUGCCUUCGCAUUAUUUACAUUCGCCGAAUACGUCCGCUACUUUGCCCUUUACCCAUUCGGCGCUGCCGUCCACGUCUUCCUCUCCGAGUUCCUCGACCACCGCGAUUCGGGCACAGCGAUCCUCUCCCAUUUCUACCUCCUGACCGGGUGCGCCGGGAGUAUCUGGCUAGAAGAUUCCAAGCCUAUACUCGAGCUCACCGGCGUGCUCGUCCUCGGUGUCGGAGAUGCCCUAGCGAGCAUCAUAGGCCGCAAGAUCGGCAAGCACCGAUGGAGCAGCGCGAGUGGGAAGAGCGUCGAAGGCUCCGCCGCGCUCGCAGGCUCUGUCUGGCUCUGCGCCUUGCUACUUCGACUGUCAGGCAUCGUCGAUCCCUUCUCGCUCUGGAAGUACGGGUGUGCGAUCGGCCUUGGCUCGCUGCUCGAGGCGCUCUCGAUGCAGAAUGAUAACCUUGUAUUGCCGUUGUAUGUUUGGUGUUUGUUAGCUUUGUUUGAUGUAUAA